AUGAGCAGCGAAGGAGGAUUUCUGGAGCGAGAGAGGCGCCUGGGACACGGGCCGCUGCCGCCGUCCCCGCCGGCGCCGACGCCGCCGCCCCACGCCCCGGCGCCGCUGAGGGUCUCCACCGGCGUCGCCGGGGGGCUGGGCCCGUUCUCGCCGCAGGUCCCGGGGAAGAUCGGAUACGUGGAUGAGACGGACACGUCGGAGUCGGACAAGGAGCCGCCGUCCACGGUUGGAGACGAGUGCCAGGCGUCGCUGGUGACGAUCCGCAUGCGACCCGACGAGCAGGGUCGGUUCGGGUUCAACGUGAAGGGGGGUCGAGACCAGAACUCGCCCGUGAUCGUGACGCGGGUGGCGCCGAACACGUCGGCCGAGAAGUGCUACCCGAGGCUCAACGAGGGGGACCAGGUGCUGCUCAUCAACGGGAGGGAGAUCUCCUCCCUCUCGCACGACGAGGUGGUCAAUGUCAUCCGGAACUCGAAGGACUCGCAGUCGGGGCAGCUGGUCCUCACGGUUCGGCCGAACGCGGUGUACCUCGGUGAGGACGUGGAAGAGCCGGCGUUUGAGUACGUCCCCGAGGCGUCGGGGGACGGGCAGGGACCUCAGCUCCCCCUCCUGUCCAGUUCGUCGUCGUCGACCCCCCUGACGCGGAGCAUGCUCUUGCUGUCCGAAUCCCUCGAGUCGGGUUCCCUCGUCCGCCAGUUCGAGGGCCUCUUCCGUCGCAAGCCCUCUCUCUCCAUGGAUGAGUCUCGCAAACCUCAGAACCUCCACAAGAAUCGCUAUCGAGACAUCUCACCUUAUGACUCAACACGAGUGGUCCUGAAGGGGUGUGAGAAUGGAGACUACAUAAAUGCCAAUUAUGUUAACAUGGAGAUCCCUGCCUCUGGAAUUGUCAAUCGUUACAUUGCUUCCCAAGGGCCUCUGAGCAAUACAUGCGAGGACUUCUGGGUCAUGGUGUGGGAGAGAGGCAGUCCCCUAGUGAUAAUGCUGACCACAGUGCUGGAACGAGGACGGGUCAAGUGCCAUCGUUACUGGCCACCUUUGGACGAAUCUCUCGUCUACCGGGAUCUCACCGUCACCUGCUUGAAAGAGGAGGAAUCUGCUUCCUUUGCCACACGAGAAUUCACUCUCCGCUCCCACACUACAAGAGAGGAGCGAGCAGUGACCCAACUCCAAUACAAGGCCUGGCCCGACCACGGAGUCCCCGAGGACCCCACCGAGUUCCUUUCGUUCGUCACCGAAGUGCGGCGGUUGAAGGCGGGCCACGUGGAGCCGACGGUGGUGCACUGCUCGGCUGGGAUCGGGCGCACGGGCGUCCUCAUCCUCAUGGACACGGCCAUGUGCCUCGUCGAGGCCAACCAGCCUGUCUUCCCCUUGGAGAUCGUGGCCAAGAUGCGGGAGCAAAGGGCCAUGAUGAUCCAAACCCCUAGUCAAUAUAAAUUUGUGUGCGAGGCAGUGUUGAAGGUGUACAUGGAGGGGAUCGCGAAGCCGCUGCCCGAAUACGAGACGUGAGGAACGGCAGCCCUGCUGUUAUUCAGUGUUGACUUUUCUCCAUUUUAAUGUUUUUUUUUGUUUUGUUUAAAAUGUUGAUGAGAACACUGUAUUGUCUGUGGAGCAGCAGCUGUUGUCUUCCAGUGAGAGGAGUUAGGACUUUGUGAAUGAUCUCAGGACUCUCUGGCAUUAAUCUCCUCUUUCUUCUUUCUCUUCCUGUAUUGUCGUUAUUUAUAAGAAAUGCUGACUAAGUCGAUGAGUUUAGAAAACUUGGACCUGCAUAUCUUCCAGUGUCAUCUCAGUUCCCCUGCAUUAUUCUGUCAUGAAUGAAGAAAGAUAGGAUCUUUAUCAUUUGGG